AUGCCCGGACACGCAGCGAUCACUGGUGCAACAGUGUACUACCUGUACGACGUUCCCGCAACCGCAGACCUCAAACACGAGCUCCAGGUCCUGCAGUCCUUCGUCGCCAAAUGGAACGCAGAUACGCCGGAUAUCAUCCACUCGCCCGCUUGGCUUCCUUCAGGGACCAAGGCCCCACCGCCGCUCCUGUGCUUGCUCAUCACUAAAUACAACCACAAGUCUACUCACGCCAGCAGCGCGAAUCAGGGAAAGCACAUCUCCGCCUACGUGAUUAACCAGGCCGGUUGGAACCUCCAGCCGAUCGAGUAUGGCGCGACGGUGCACGUCUUCGCCGUCAACGAGGACCCUGCCCAGGGGUACCAAGAUUACUACAUCCACUCGAAAGCCCGCGCGAAGAUCAACAGCGCUGUGAUCCAGGCCGCGCUCGCCGCCGCCCAGGCGAACAACUUCGGUACCCUGGGCCAGCCCCCCCUCAACUAA